CGAAGACCUCCCGUUUGACGAACUGCUAACCGGGCUGUGGCGCGAGUACCGCCUCAGCGAAAAUGAAAAUUUGGAAAAGAACUACCAGGAAUUAUUGCCCUGGAACCUGUUCAAGCGCGAGAAUGCGGAAAGUGAGAAGAAUCCGGUGAAGAUGCUGCAAGCGCUCGUCCGCGAAUUGCACACCGAGUUUUUCGACAAGGUGGAUUGGUUGAAGAAGCAGUUCGAUCUCGACUCCAACUUCCUCAAAGCCAAGUUUUCUAGCGGGAACGAGCUCACUAAAGAUGAGCAAACCAUGCACAAUUUGCGGACAGACCUGGAAAAGCUAAAAUGGCUUCGCGACGAGAAGAACUACAAACUUUCCAUGCUGCAGCAAGCCACCACUUCGGUUGUUUCUCGUCCGUGUAAGGCUGGCGGCGGUGGUGGUCCGAACCCUGGUAGUGCCGCAUUAUCCUGCGAGGAGUUUAACUACUACCGGUCGCCCAUCGACCAGGCGGAGGUGGAAUACAGACGGGAUAACGAAUC